UCAUAGCAUUUGCAGUCGUAUUCUAUCAUUUAACAGGUGGACCUGUUGAUGUUUCAACGCUUCUCCGUAACGAAAGUUCGCUUUUUCACUUUCACUACAUUUUAACGUAAAAAGUUCGGUGUUAAAUUAUUUAUUUUCUUUUUUUUUCAAUUCGCAAAUAACAGGUCCGGCUGAUUCGAUCGUUCAAUUUCAACGUCAAAUUAUCGGCAAAAUUAUCAGGCUUUUCCGGGUAAAUCCGGCGCUAGCGUACUAUUUAUCAGGGUCUUUGUUGGGAAUCCGAGCCGGCGAUAAUUUUCCUGCCGAGACAAAUUGACGUGAGAAGAAGGAGCGAGAAAGAGAGAACGCCUCUUUUCCUCUUCGCCACCUUGUCGACUGUCGUAUGACCAUAUAACGUGGCACCGCGACCAACGAUUCAGCAUUUGCCAGCAAAUCGAAUCGCUCGUUAGACGACGAUUAUAUUCGACGAUUUGAAGCCCAUUUUGAAAAAUAAUUAACCCAGGACACGAUGAUCGUGAUUUUGUAAUGGAUUUAAAAUGCAGAAACGAAUGCAGAUACGAAGAUGUAUGGAAUUGGAAUCAGAUGAGUUCGGCUCUUAUGGAACAACAGAACACCAAUCAUAAUUCUGAGGCCGAUAUUAAAAGAUUAAUGGAACCAUACGGUACGAUCGAAGAAGUGAUCUUGCUUCGUGACCCUGACGGAAUAAGUCGAGGAUGCGCAUAUGUGAUGUUUAGAUCGCAAGAACAAGCUGCAGCUGCUGUUAAAGGAUUACAUGGGGUUAGAUACGCGAACAGUAACCGACAACUAUCAGUAAAAUUGGCCGAACCAGAAAGCGAAAACUUGGUGGCACGAAUCCACCAAUACCGAACUCAGCUUCCUUCCAUAGACCCAUCUCAACGAAUAAUCAUGAUACAAACUCAAGAAGACAGAGAAGGACCACAAAUAAUUAUCUACGCCGAACGACCCAUCGAAGCUGAACGCCGAGUCGUGGUGAUCCAAGAAAACCAAGAUCAACGUGACGGUCGUCCGGGGCCUUUACUAAUGAUUCGUGAACAAGAUCAAAAUACAACUCAAUAUCAGACCGUUCAAAGCCACAAUGAAAACACCGAAGAACCCCGAUACACCGAGUACUCGGCUUGCGAUGAAAAAGAUGUUGAAAUUAUUUCUCAGCAGUCUGUCGAAUGUGAAACACCUCAAUCUUUCCAAAUGAUGACACUUGGUUCUGACACGACAGUUAUGAAUCCGCCGAUUUUUUACAAUACCGCUCUAAGAACCUUUCAAGUUGCUCCGGAAGCAACUCAUGCAGUUUCUUGUGAAAUCGCUGGAGCAUGUUCAUACCGAUUCUGCGCCCAACAAUUUCCAGUGACUCAAGCUUCAGCCUAUAAUACGUACUAUAAUCAGCAGUUUUUAACAUCUGUAGCUGCUAUUAACGAAUUUUCUAGAAACCAAUAUAUUCCAGCGAGUGUAAAUCCUGCCGAAAUGGCGAGCUAUGUAGAAACUCCGGUCAGUGAAGUGGCAUUAGCUCCUGUAACUCCAGUCACGACUCAAUCUUCAACAUCAUCUUACGAGCUAACCAGAAGAGCUACCGAUCAACGGAUAAUUGUUAAUUCUCAGAGUCAUUUAACAGAACCACUAUAUUUGGCAAUUCCUCCUACGAAUAUGCCGAUAGAUCAGGAUAACAUUACAACUCCGAAUAGUUCACAAUUUCGUUUUUCCGUUAUGUUAGCUCUUUCUCCUAUACCACCGGAGUAUUAUUAUCGUACUAUGAAUCGUACUAUAAGAGGCCCGGAAGGAUGUAAUAUCUUUAUAUAUCACCUUCCCCAAGAAUACAGAGACGAGGAUUUAUUUAUUUUAUUUGCAAGAUUCGGAAUGAUCAUUAGUACGAAAGUAUACAUCGAUAAAUAUACCAAUCAGAGCAAAUGUUUCGGUUUCGUAUCCUACACUAAUCGUCAAAGUGCUCAGCGAGCCAUUUGCGAAAUGAAUGGCUAUACGGUUGGACAAAAACGUUUGAAAGUUCAAUUGAAAACCCCUAAACAUAGACGAUAUUAAUUUAUUCAACAUAAUCAGGUGAACGGAAACCGGUUAUGUUGGAAAUUUUUCAAACAAAAAUGUUACCCAUAUGCUUUUUCUAGUCCUAUCGCGAUACUUUUUUCUUAUUUUAUAAAUGUUUUAUUUUUGUUUUCGUUUUCUAUAUACUUACACAAUGAUGAACGUAAUCCAAGGAUUUUUUUAACGCGCUUCUUUUUUUAGAAAUAGGCGGGACCCAUAUUAAUUUACAUUGUCCAAAGGAAUUCAUUUUAAAAAAAUGUACAAUUACAAUUUGUAUUUGUUAAUUAUACUCGAACCGUUAUAAGUAGAUGAUCUGUAGAACAAAAUUUCAACAAUAAAAUUCGCUUAUAACGUUUCUAAAGAAGAAAUUUAAGAGAAAAAAAUCCUCAGGGUUAUUAACCGUAUACUGCGAAGACUGACGUUGUUCCGAACAUCACGUAUAUAUAGUUUUUACUCUCUGUUGCGGGUAUUUUAAGCGUAAGAUUAAUUUAUAACUUAGAAAUUUUUUAUUUCGAUGUGAUAAUUAAGUUGUACGUUAAUCGUGAUAAAAAUACUCGCAGCGUCAUACCGGUUGUAGAGCGAGCCAAAGUUUCAAGUUUUUUUUUUUAUAAAUAAUCACUACUGUUUGAAACAUGUUACACGAUAAACUUACGUUAUGUGCGAAUUUUAUGAAAAAAAAAGCAUCAAAAGCGUAAUUUUAAAUGUAAAAUAUCGGCGUAUUUAUUUUUUAUAAUAAGCAUACCACUAUACGGACUUGUUUCUGUCCUUUAACACUUCAUAGAUUUUAGUUUUUUUUAUCACUUUAUCAAUAGCUCAUACAGGGUGUUUCGUAAAUUGCUACUUUUGGUAGUUGGUAGUAGUAUAUUAUACGCCUAUUUAUAAAUUAAAAGAAACGCGCAUAUGAACCAUACGAUUUGAGCAAGAAUACUAUACGCGACGAUACGCGAUGCGAUGCAGAGUUACCAAACGUGAAAAAAAAUUAUUCUUUCUGCAGUUAAAAAGUUGAUGUUUGCUCAUUUAGUACAUUAUAAAAUGUUGCCAUCGAUGAAAAUUAUAUUUCGAAGUAAAAAAAUCAAAAACACUCAUUUAAUUGAAAUCUUUACGUAUUACGAGUAUGUACUUCUUGCUCAAGCUUUUAUUGAAAAAUUUUAUAAGCGUAUUAAAUACGCGAUGAUGAAAAUUGUAUUAAUGUAUUUAUUUUAAGCGGCUUCGACGUAUAACUUGGAUAAGUUUGAAUGUUAAUUCUCCCUAUACUUCAAUUAUUUUUUUCUCGUAGGUACAUAUUUAUAGAGAAUAUCGUAUAACGUUCUUAAGACAUAAUAACCUAUCGUAUUGUUUUUAAUAACUUAUUUAUUUAUUUUUCUCUGGUACUAUAGAAAGUAAACGUGUAAGGUUACUUAUUCUUCGUAUAACUGAAGUACUUGGUACUGACAUUUUUUUGCUAUUUAUUGAAAUAUCUAUGCUUAAAAUCAUUGUGCAAUUACAUUAUUUAAAUGAAUAUACUUAUUAUAUAAAAUAA